GGCCGACGAUUUGAUGGAUGAGUUGCGCGAAGAAAACCAAAGACUUCGCAAAGAGUUGUCAUUUGAGCGACAAUUGUCUGAAUGUUUGGCAAAAAUCAGACAAAACUCAUUGGAUUUGAUAAACAAUUGUAAAUGCAAUCAAAAUAUUGAUAUAUUUCACGAUUUGAUUAAAUACGAGAAAAGGUAUCACUCGUUGAAAGGCAAUCAAAAUGUGGACACAAUCCUAACCAACGAUAAAACAGAUAAUGUGAUUAUAACGAGUGGUAAAUCAAACGAACCGAUAUUCAUCACCGCAAAGACACCAUCUGUUGGCCGCCAGUUGUGUAACAUAUCAUCCAUACAAUUGACGGUCAAUAAUGGCCAGACUUGCGGCCAAUUGUUGGCCACCGAUAGCGGAGAAGAACCUAACGGCGAUCUCAUUGAACCCAAUGUAGUGUCCAUUGACUUGAAUAACGGGCAAAGUGUUCAACAAAACACUUAUCCAAUAGUUUCCGCAGACAAUGGCGUCGAAGAGCACGACGAGACACAAGAGACCGACAAAUGGAUGAAACAAGAGAUUAUUGAUAUACCGGACGACAGCGAAGACAGUGACAACGAAGACAUGAUCGCAACAGCAGUGACUCAAAAGGUGGCCACAAUACCAGUCACUCGAACGGUUCCAACGGCUACUGUCCAUCACUAUCCGACCACUCGAUACCAGUCCACCGCUCCGGCGCGUCAGCACAACACACGCGGCUAUCGGUACCCAAACAUCGGCCACAAACAAGUCCACCACAGCUAUCACCACCGGAUCAGACAGUGGCGACCACCGGCUGUAACUCCAGCGGCGGCGCAGCCGGCGAUCAAAUCCUAUCCGUGUCCGUACGAUCGGUGCGGCCGCCGUUUUCAGUCCACCGACUACUUAAACACACACAUCCAGCGGUUCCACACGUCAACGUCGGCCACAGCUGUCCGGCCGCAGCCAUCCGUCCCAAUGGCGGCCGACGCGCAUCGGUGUCAGUCCGUCGGCUGCGACCGUACGUUCGCGUCGAUACAGAAUCUGAAGAAACACAUGGAAAAAGUGCAUUCAAUGGCACCGGUGUUCCCGCCAACGGAUCCCAAACGGCCGAAGCCAUACCGGUGUCCGUACGUCGGCUGCAAUACCAGAGGCUAUACUGACGCUAAGAAUCUCAAGUCACACAUCAAACGCUGUCUGGCGGCCCGUGACAAACAAGUCCUCAAAAUCAAUGGCAAUACGGAUCCGAUUGUGGCGAAGACCUCGCAGUCAUUAUUACUGCAAUCAAUGCUAACGGCGGGUACUGUCGGCCAAACCUCUAACCGAGUGUUGGCUACAUAUGGCUCCGAAACCGGCGAUCAUAUCAUUGAACCCAAUGUUGUGUCCAUUGACUUGAAUCCCACCGAAAGUGUUAAACGAAACACUUAUCCAAUAGUUUCCGCAGACAAUGGCCUCGAAGUCCUGCCACCGAUUGGUGACGACGGGACACAAGCGGCCGAUAAUCAGUUAAAAGCCAAAGAGGAGAUCAUUGAUAUACUGGACGACAGCGACAGCGAAGACACGACAGCAACACCAGUCACUCCAAUGGUUCCAACGGCUACUGUCAACCACUUAAGGAGUGCGUCCGUCACUGUUAAUCAAACGGCAGAUCUGUGGCUACAAAACUCGUUAAUAACUCAGCCGUUGAACAAACCCACGCGUAAUUCAUUGGACACAAACAGCACAUCUCAAGCCACGGCAGCUGCAAGUGAUCCCGAAGUCUAUCUGUGCCUCGAAUGCCGCAAAACAUUUACCACAAAACAUGGUUUACAGACACACAACGGUAUGUUUCACCGGAAUCCUGUGGAUCAGUUGCACGCGUCCGGUGACCAACAGUCGGCCGUACAGAUGGCCGGACACAUCACCGCUGGUAUUCUUAAUGACUUUACGCCAAUAACAGUCGUACAUAACAGCAGCCAAAGUAACGGUUUCUGUGAAGACAAUGCCAUCAAAAAGCGGUCUCUAAUGAUUGCCGGAACUAAUGAGACACAAGUGGUGGACAAUGAGACCACACAAGAGAUUAUUGAUUUACUCGACAGUGACAGCGACGGCACUGAAGACACUACUGAU